CCCGUCAGCUCGCGGAGAGGGAGUUGACGUAAUCUCUUCGGUAAAUCAAGUCAAUCUAUCAAUUCUUCUCGUCGCCUGUGUGCAGAUUAGACGUCCACCUUUUUUUUUAAUCACAACGGGGAGAAAUAAACUGCGGGUGGAGGCGCCGCUUCAACCGCGAAUCUAAUCCGGCGGAGGAUACCGCUAUGAUGGGUGUUUUUCACGGAAGGGGACUUUAUAGCAGUUUUCGUGCGCCCAGGUUCUGAUAGAAAAACAACGCGUCCUGACGCCCCGCUAGCAAACGCUCACUUCUGUCCACUGCCCGGUGGUGUCGUUUAGGUGAAAGUCUCCAAACGAGGGAUUUACAAGGAACUGUACUGGGAGACGGUCUUGAACUGCAAACAUGUCCGGGGCGUCUGUGAAAGUCGCUGUUCGAGUCCGGCCCUUCAACUCCAGGGAGAUGAGCAAGGACUCGAAAUGUAUCAUUCAGAUGCAAGGCAACAGUACAACUAUCCUCAACCCCAAAGCCCCCAAGGAACCAGCAAAGACCUUCAGCUUCGAUUACUCUUACUGGUCACACACCACGCCUGAAGACCCCUGCUUUGCAGCACAGAAUCAAGUCUACAAUGACAUUGGGAAGGAGAUGCUGCAGCACGCUUUCGAGGGCUACAAUGUCUGCAUCUUUGCUUACGGCCAGACAGGAGCUGGCAAAUCCUACACCAUGAUGGGCAAGCAGGAAGAGGGGCAGGAAGGAAUCAUCCCCAUGCUAUGUGAAGAUCUAUUUGAGAAAAUCAAUGAAGACAGCAACAAAGAGGAGCUCUCUUACUCAGUGGAGGUGAGUUACAUGGAGAUCUACUGUGAGCGGGUGCGAGAUUUGUUGAAUCCCAAGAACAAAGGGAACCUGCGAGUCCGAGAACACCCGCUGCUGGGCCCCUACGUGGAGGACCUGUCCAAGCUGGCUGUCACCUCCUACACAGACAUCGCUGACCUGAUGGACGCAGGCAACAAGGCCAGAACUGUGGCGGCCACCAACAUGAAUGAGACCAGCAGCAGGUCGCAUGCUGUUUUCACCAUCGUCUUCACGCAGAAGAAACACGACAGCGAGACGGACCUCUCCACUGAAAAGGUCAGUAAAAUUAGUCUGGUCGACUUGGCAGGCAGCGAACGGGCAGAUUCCACUGGAGCUAAAGGUACCAGGCUAAAGGAGGGAGCAAACAUCAACAAGUCUCUCACCACGUUAGGAAAGGUCAUCUCUGCCCUGGCUGAAGUGGAUAACUGUACCAGCAAGAGCAAAAAGAAGAAGAAGACGGAUUUCAUCCCAUACAGAGACUCCGUCCUAACGUGGCUGCUCAGGGAGAAUCUCGGUGGAAACUCCAGGACAGCUAUGGUAGCUGCGCUAAGUCCCGCAGACAUCAACUAUGAUGAAACCCUCAGCACGCUCCGUUAUGCUGACCGGGCUAAGAACAUCAAGUGCAAUGCUGUCAUCAAUGAAGAUCCCAACAAUAAGUUGGUGCGCGAUCUGAAGGACGAAGUGGCUCGGCUGAAGGAGCUGCUGCGUGCCCAGGGCCUGGGAGACAUCCUGGACAUUGACCCUAUGGGGGAUGAUUGCCCUGGAAGUGGAAUCAAAUACCUCAAAGACAUUCAGAACAAUAAGAAUAGAUACUUGAUAGCCUCAGAGAACCAACGCCCUGGCCAUUUCUCCACAGCCCCUAUUGGUUCCCUGACAGCAUCUCCGUCCUCUGGCUCACUGUGCAGCCAGGGGGGCCUGCAGUCAGUCACCAGCAUCCAGGAGCGCAUCAUGUCCACCCCUGGAGGGGAGGAGGCCAUCGAAAGACUCAAGGAAUCAGAGAAGAUUAUCGCUGAACUCAAUGAAACCUGGGAAGAAAAACUCCGGAAGACUGAAGCCAUCCGCAUGGAGAGGGAGGCGCUGCUCGCUGAGAUGGGCGUGGCAAUCCGUGAAGACGGAGGCACUCUGGGUGUAUUCUCUCCUAAAAAGACCCCACACUUGGUCAACCUGAACGAGGACCCUCUCAUGUCAGAGUGUCUGCUCUACUACAUCAAAGAUGGGAUUACAAGGGUGGGUCAGGCGGACGCCGAGAGAAGACAGGACAUUGUCUUGAGCGGCGCUCACAUCAGGGAAGAGCACUGCAUCUUCCGCAGUGAAAGGAAUGCCAACGGAGACGUUAUCGUGAUGCUGGUGCCCUGUGAGGGAUCAGAAACAUACGUCAAUGGCAAGCGUGUCGAGGAUUCCAUCCAACUUCGUUCAGGCAACCGCAUCAUCAUGGGAAAGAACCACGUGUUCCGGUUUAACCACCCGGAGCAGGCCAGAGCCGAGAGGGAGAAGACGCCGUCCGCCGAGACGCCGGUGGAGCCGGUGGACUGGACCUUUGCUCAGAGAGAGCUCCUGGAGAAACAGGGUAUCGACAUGAAGCAGGAAAUGGAGAAGAGGCUCACUGAGAUGGAAAUUUUGUACAAGAAGGAGAAGGAGGAGGCGGAUCAGCUCCUGGAGCAGCAGCGACUGGUUUACGAAAGUAAGCUGCAAGAACUUCAGAAACAGGUGGAGACGCGCUCUCUGGUAGCCGAGACGCCCGACGAGGAAGAGCUGGAGGAGGAGGAAGAAGAGGAAGAGCCUAAACUGCUUGGAUUGCCGUGGACCCAGCAUGAGUUUGAGCUGGCUCAGUGGGCUUUCAGGAAGUGGCGGUAUCACCAGUUCACCUCCCUCCGAGACCAGCUGUGGGGGAACGCCGUCUACCUGAAGGAGGCCAACGCUAUCAGUGUGGAGCUGAAGAAGAAGGUCCAGUUCCAGUUUGUGUUGCUGACAGACACGCUGUACUCCCCGCUGCCCCCCGAGCUGCUGCCGCCAGAGCCAGAGAAGGAGCGGGACCCCCGGCCUUUCCCCCGCACCGUGGUGGCUGUGGAGGUUCAAGACCUGAAGAACGGAGCCACGCACUACUGGUCCCUCGAAAAGCUCAAGCAGCGGCUGGACCAGAUGAGGGAAAUGUACGACCGCGCUGGAGAAAUGGCCUCGUCGCACCAGGAGGACGGCGAGGGCACUCUGACGGGAAACGACCCCUUCUAUGACCGCUUCCACUGGUUUAAGCUCGUCGGGAGCUCCCCCAUCUUCCACGGCUGCGUCAACGAGCACCUGGCCGACCGCACGCCCUCGCCCACCUUCUCCACCACCGACUCCGAGAUCACCGAGCUGGCCGACGAGCGCCAGAGCGAGAUGUCGGACCUGAUCGACGACGAGGCGUUCGUGGACGACACCAGCUCGGACGCCGGCACCGAGGAGGGCUCGGACAUCUUCAGCGACGGCCAGGAUCCCUUCUACGACCGUUCCCCCUGGUUCAUCCUGGUGGGAAGAGCUUUCGUGUACCUGAGCAACCUGUUGUACCCUGUGCCGCUGGUUCACCGCGUUGCCAUAGUAACAGAGAAAGGCGACGUGCGUGGCUUCCUGCGCGUGGGGGUCCAGGCCAUAGCUGCCGACGAGGAGGCGCCUGACUACGGGUCCGGAGUGAGACAGUCGGGAACCGCCAAGAUUUCCUUCGAUGACGAGUACUUCAAAAAGAAUGACUUCCCCUCCACGGUUAUGACCCGCUCCGGCUUGUCCCUGGAGGAGCUUCGCAUUGUGGAGGGCCAGGGCCAGAGUUCAGAGGUCAUCACACCCUCAGAGGAGCUCAACAGAAUCAAUGACAUGGAUCUCAAACUGGGCAACAUUCCAGACACCAAGCUGAGUCACGGCGAGGGCCUGGCGGGCCAGCUGGAGGUGGGCAGCGUCUUUACCUUCCGUGUGACCGUGCUGCAGGCCAGUGGCAUCCCGCCCGAGUAUGCUGACAUCUUCUGCCAGUUUAAUUUCCUGCACCGCCAUGACGAGGCCUUCUCCACCGAGCCUCUGAAGAACACCGGCAAAGGGUCUCCGCUCGGCUUUUACCACGUCCAGAAUAUCUCAGUGGAAGUCACAGAGUCUUUCAUUGAGUACAUCAAGUGCAAGCCCAUCGUGUUUGAGGUGUUCGGCCACUACCAGCAGCACCCGCUGCACCUGCACGGCCAGGACCUGAUCAGUCCUCCAACACCAUCGAGGAAGUACUACCCCAUCCCCAUGCCCCUGUCCAAACCAGUUCCUGCCACCAAGCUGAACACCAUCACCAAGUCCAACCUGGGUCAGUGUGUCAGCAAGUACGACCUGCUGGUCUGGUUUGAGAUCAGUGAGCUGGAGCCCACUGGAGAGUACAUCCCAGCUGUGGUGGAUCACAGCGGGGGGCUGCCCUGCCACGGCACCUACCUGCUGCACCAGGGCAUCCAGCGGAGGAUUACAGUCACCCUCAUCCAUGAGAAGGGGAGCGAGCUCCACUGGAAGGAUGUGCGAGAGCUGGUUGUUGGUCGGAUCAGGAACAAGGCCGAGGUGGACGACAGUGCAGCCGAUGCUGUUCUCUCCCUAAACAUCAUUUCUGCUAAAAACAUCAAGUCGUCCCACAACACCAACAGGCUUUCUAUUGAUAAAGAUAUUGAUAGGACCUUCUAUCGCUUCGAGGCAGUGUGGGACAGCUCCCUGCACAACUCCCUCCUGCUCAACCGAGUCACUCCCUAUGGAGAGAAAAUCUUCAUGACCCUGUCUGCGUAUCUGGAGCUGGACCACUGCAUCCAGCCUGCAAUCAUCACCAAAGACAUCUGCAUGGUCUUCUACUCCCGGGACGCCAAGAUCUCCCCUCCCCGUUCUCUCAGGAACCUCUUCGGGAGUGGAUACUCCAAAACCCCAGACUGCAACCGAGUCACCGGCAUCUACGAGCUGAGCUUGUGCAAGAUGUCCGACUCCGGGAGUCCCGGGAUGCAGCGGCGGAGGAGGAAGGUGUUGGACACCUCAGUGGCUUACGUGCGCGGAGAGGAGAACCUGGCCGGGUGGAGGCCCCGAGGGGACAGCCUCAUCCUGGAGCACCAGUGGGAGCUGGAGAAAAUGGAGCAGCUGCACGAGGUGGAGAAGACCCGUCACCUCCUGCUGCUGAGGGAGAAGCUGGGAGAGGCGGCGCCGGUGGGGACGGCCCCCACCGCCAAGUCCCUGAGCGAGUCGCUGUCCCCCAGCAUGAGCUCCGGCACCCUGUCCACCUCCACCUCCAUCUCCUCGCAAAUCUCCAGCACCACCUUCGAAAGUGCCAUCACGCCCAGCGAGAGCAGCGGGUAUGACUCGGCCGACAUCGAGAGCCUGGUGGAUCGCGAGAAGGAGCUGGCGACGAAGUGCCUGCGCCUCCUCACACACACCUUCAACAGUGAAUACAACCAAGUGGUUAACAGUAUCAGCGACUGCAAGCUGUCCGACAUCUCACCGAUGGGUCGCGACCCCUCAGUGACCAGCUUCAGCAGCGCCACCCUCACCCCCUCCUCCACCUGCCCCUCCCUGUCGGACUCCCGCUGUGGAUCCCUGGACCAGAAGACUCCAGAGAACAGCUCUCGUGCCUCCAGCCCCGCCUGCUCCGACUACGAGAACUUCCCCAUGGUUCCCACCCUGGAGACUUCCUACCUGGCACGAGCUGGAAAGAACGAGUUCCUCAACUUGGUGCCUGAUAUCGAAGAAAUGCGGCCAGGAUCUGUCGUGUCUAAGAAAGGCUUCCUGAGCUUUAUGGAGCCGCGCUCCAACUCGUGGGUGAAGCACUUCGUGGUCGUCCGCCGCCCCUACGUCUUCAUCUACAACAGCGACAAGGACCCGGUGGAGCGAGGCGUCCUCAACCUCUCCACGGCGCAGGUGGAAUACAGCGAAGACCAGCAGGCCAUGCUGAAGACUCCCAACACAUUUGCCGUGUGCACAAAGCACAGAGGAAUCCUCCUGCAGGCCAACAACGAGAAAGACAUGAACGACUGGCUGUACGCUUUCAAUCCCCUGCUAGCGGGGACGAUAAGAUCCAAGCUGGCGAGGAGACGCAGCGGCCUGGUGAAGAACUGAGCGAGGGCGGGGGGGGGGGAAACUCCGGCUCCGCCGUUUCUGUAAAAGCCUUUGAACAUACCGAGUGUUAACACUUAUUAACCAUUGUGAUUCUUGACGGUUUUCUCUUGUAAAGUAGACUUGUGGCUUAAGUCUCCUUUCAUGCGACUACAAGUUUCAGUUCCAGAGAAAUUUGCCACCUCCCCCUUUCCAGUCCCUCUCUAUUCUCCCCCCGCCCUCGCCUCCUCCCCCCCUCUCAGCUUUCCAAAGUGUUUUUGUUUUGAUGACAAUGUUUGGGUCGAUUUCCGUUCCGCUUCGUCGUCAUCCCCCCCCCCCCCCCUCGACUCCCUAACUAGUAGCAUGUUGUAGUAGUCUAUUUGUGUGUGCACGACUCUUCAGAAAACUGUUCUCUCUGGCCACUAAGUUUUUCAUUUUGCCAAUCAUCUGUAAAGAGAAAAAAAAAAACAAAACAAGACAAGAAGCAAAAAGCGUCUCUAUCAGUGUUACCUGUCUCCGAAAAAGAGUUUUAUUUUUCGGUCGUUGUUUUAUGGAUUUUUGUUUUCUUUUUUGUAAUAAUAUGCUUGCAUGAUAACUGCAGCAGUCCUCAGGAGAAGACCAGACUUGCUCACUCAGAGAAUCAGAUAGCCCACAAGUUUCAAUCAUGAAGGGAAAUAUUGACGACUACGUCCAGGUGAUGUAUUAGUUUAUGCUACCGACAAACAAAACCGCUUCACCUAUUGCUGCUAUCGGAAGUGGGUUCGCACCGGGCCGCAGACUCCCCCCGAAAAAAUAGUCUUGGUUGCGGUUGAGUGAAAUGUGAGGGCAGCACAGGGUCUCUUUAAUGUGGUGUGCAGACACACACACAGACCUAUCGACCAGAGUGCUACUGCAUUUGUUAGCACCAACAAAAAAAAAAAAAAAAAUACUCUAAGUGGACGAAACGAUCCAAAAAAAUGGAUCGUGCCUACAGGGUGACCCGCGUUCUCGUCCCUGCCCUUUGAACUGUUUCACUAAAGAGCAAACAGGGUUUAGAGGGGGAAGAGGAGGGGGAAGAGGGGGGACAGCAGCACUGAGAGGCCUCAUCUCCUGUUCAUGCAGUCUGCUCUUGAAUCGGCACAUCGCUAACGCUCAUUGAAGACGUCCGUCUCGGCUCCGGUAGCUUAAAGUAACGCGCUGAGCCUCAGCAUUCGCUCCUGUUUUCAUGUAAACAUCUCGUCCUUGUGAUACCGACAACAAAAAAAACAAAAAACAAGACAACGCACUUAAGAAGGGAGCGUGAAUCGAGAGUGAAGCGUUUGAGCCUGAGCUGGAAGACGGAUAGCUGAAGUACUCGGUGUUCACCACAGGUCACCACCACUUUAUUUUCUAUUGACAUUUUUUUUAACUGAAACCUCCUAAUGCAUCUAACUCAGUGUGUAUUUGAAGCUCAUAACAUUAUCAGUUUUUUUUUUCCUCUUUCUCUCUUUAUAUUUAAUCAUUCCACAAUGAAGAUUUUCUAUGAAACAUAACAGAGGGCAUUUAUUUCCUAAUUUGUUACCAACAUCUCUCGGUGUUUUACUUUGUUUUGCACAUUAACACAUAUCUAUAGCAAGGCAGUGGCACAUCACACACGUUGAGUGAGUAUCAGGAUAUGAGCACAUAUCAGGGCUACACUGGAAGACAGCUGUUUUCACACACACACAAAAUGAAGAGGUUUAGAAGAGAGAUAGAGGUGAUAUUAAAGGGACGACAUAUUGAGAAGUUUUAUUUGAGACGCCGCUGGUGGAGGUGUUUGCUGCGAUCGCCUGGUGGUGAAUCGGCGGUGCCUUUGUCUCUGCAGACGGCCGGGGUGUGUGUGUGUGUGGACCGCAGCCGGGCUCUAAUAAACUCUGGCCUGCCAACCAGCAGUGGGCCUGCUGCGUCUUAAGAAGGACAUUAAUGUUACAUACGCAGAGACAAAGGCAUCCGUCACACGGCGUGAAGGGAUCGACCGUAAGACGAUCCUCGCAGAGCCUCUCUGACCGCAGGUCGGCCAACCUGCUGGUCAGACUGGCUGAAACCUGCUGGAUCGGCGAUUCAUGGGAAACUGUCUUAAUCUGUCAAGGAAGCCACGUGACAAGUCACAGUGACAAAGCAUCUGUGCACGGUCACGACUCUGGAAGUGCGCCGUGCACGUGAAGAGGUGCGCACGCUGACACCAGCUCCUCGCAGAGCAAACAUCUCCACCCGGGCGGCUCGUUUGAAGAGAUAUAUCAUUUUUUGGAAUUGUGUAUUUAUUGUUUUGCAAUGUAUAUAUUAGUUUGCAGCUCUUUGCACAUAUUAAUAAAAAGGUUCAACUAACUGAUCAAAGAAGGUCUGCGCGGUUUAGUUGUUCUGCUUGCGACGAACCAAAUGACGGCGUGGCAGCCUCCUCCGGCCCGAGCUGGACGAGAGUUGAAUGUAAAGAUUUAGGAAGAAAACGAAGGAGAGAGACACCUAAAAUGUAACCUGCUGCAUAUCUUCAGAGGGUUACAGUCAUGCUUCCUUUUUUUAUCAGAAGGUAGUUUGAGUUAAUCAGAGGUCCGCUUUUUUUUUUUUUUUUUUUUUGAGGAAUAUUUACUAUCCUUCAUACUCGCCUGCGAUCUGAACUGGUAUCAAAAUCAAGGUGGUUAUCAACUCAUUUUAUGUUUUUUCUAAUAUCAGGGAAUACAACACAAAGUAGCUUAGAGACAUCUGAGAUAUGAGAGUGAACUAUUGUUUGUGACGGUGUCUUUCUUCACCUCCACACUUUUUUUCUUUUGUUUCCGUUGAUGCCUUUCAAACUAAACUAGCCAUGAUAUUUUUCAUCUCUCCCCCCUCUGACGAUUACUAUCAGUUCACUGCGCUCCCUUUCAGAUCUGUUCACCAGAAGAAAAGAAAAAUACAAACCACCGCAUUAGCACUGUACAUUAUUUGUCAGACUGGUUUCAUUUUCAUACUUAUUUUGUAAAUAUCUGUGUUGUAUGGAGCUUGGACUAAAAUGUAAAUAUGUUUACUGUAUUUGUAAUAAUUAUAAUCCAUUCGCUGUAUAGCAUAGAUGUGUCAUGCAGAUAUCCUAAUUCUGUGUAUGGUAAUCUUGCACCAUUGAACUGUUUAGUGAAUGAGGCAACAAUAAAAGUGCAAACUGUGCAUUAGCAGAACAAC